AUGCCGCGUGCCGUUCGAGGUAGCUCCCCCUUGUUUCUUGAUUCCUCUAGUUUAUGCGCUCAUUUGACUCGACUAGGUCUGCUCAUCGAAUGCGAUCCGUCAAUCAAAUCCAUGAUCCUCAAGUACGAUGAGGAGCGACACGAUUACAUCGUGGAGGACCUGGACGAUGAGAAUCACUUGGUGAUCAAGGAGAGUCAACUUCAGAACCUCAAAGUGCGACUGGAUCAGGGAGAGGCCCUUGCACAACCUUCGGUUGUACUAACCCCUUGGCAGGAUCUGGACGAAAAGAUCAUGCAACUGGACGAAUCCGAGUCAGAGUAA